AGUAGAUCCAUGUUUACUUAUCAUUUGUAGUGCCUUGGUUGCACGCAAUCGAUGAACUAGAUUUAAAUGCCAUUUUGAUAGAUUCUUUUUGACUUCGACAACGUCCUUUCCCAUGAUGGAUCGUGUUCGCUUUCGAAGACUGUUGCUGCAGUUGCGGACGCUGUUGCAACAUCCGCUCUUAUUCCUACUUGCUUCCAGCACCAGUCAUGAGAUCGUUCGUGCAACGGAGAUAGAAAAUUUGUCUGCCCCGCCCCCUGAGCAUGGCCCACAGCAGGUUCUCCGCUUGGACCUCGGCUGCGAGGAGAAGGACCUUUUGCCGCGCGAAGAAGCGAAGAGCGUGAUCCAGUACUUACCGCAAUGCGGAAGAGACGAAAAAGCCGACGGAUCCGGGAGGAAGAAGUUUUUCACGGAAUCCGGGGACUCGUGCUGCAACCUGGAAUAUCAAAUGUAAAAGUGUCUGGGUCUGGAAGAAUGCAAGUUUGUCAUGCUUGUCUCACAUGACUCUUAAAUUUGUCAUGCACAUUACCCAAGAUCCCAAUUUUUCUGUCAUGCAGAAACGCAGUUUGUCAUGCAGAAUAGGCAACACCAAGAAGCGCGGAAACUUGUCAUGCUGAGCCAGCACUUGUGGCCUCCUCAUGAUACGCCACCCAGCAUCACAAGUCUCCAGACCCAGACAUUUUUGCAUUUGAUAUGGAAGCGGUGCGCGUCAUGAAGUCUAUGACCGAGUCGGUCCUGGAUUUGAAGCGAAGACUAUGCGUUGCAGAUAUAGCUGGGACUGGACAAAUGCAAUUUGCCAUGCUAAAUCUAAAUCAUCCAAAAAUUUGUGUUGCAUGAUUACCAAAAGUCGUCCACUUUUGACCAAGUUGGGAGGGAGUUUCUCAUGCAGGAUAGGCAUGAUAGAGAUCACACAGAAUCUGUCAUGCCAGGUCCUGCAUUCCAGACCUCAUGGGUCAGGGAAAAACUGCAUCACAAAACGCGCACUCUUCCAGACCCAGACAUGUUUGCAUUUGAUAAAGACUAAUCCCGGACACGGAGACCUUUUUGAAAGAUGCGGAAGUUUUGUUAGAUUCCACGGAAGAGCAGAUUCAUGCGUAUUUUGGAAAGUUUGAAGAAAGUGAUGAAGAAAUAGGCGUUUAUCAGCAAGAGAAGCUUUGUCAGCUGAAGCGUGUGUCCAUCGCCUCCGCACGGAGAGACGCGGCGCGCGAGGCGGCGAAGGUUUUGGAAGCGGCGUUGAACGCAGUAGAGCGGUUUGUAUCUCACGAAAAAACUGUUUCACUGUGAUGAUUUUGCAAGAACCGCAUCACAAGUUUGCUACGCAUGACACAGAAAAUUUGCCAUGCGCAUUUCCCAAGGAAAAAUACGCUUAAAAAUCCAAUGUCUUGCAGGUGUAGCAAGACAAAUCGUUCUGUGUUCCAUUUUCUGCAUCACAAGUUCACAGUGAAGCAGUUUUUUCUUGCGAUAGUUUGCGGAGAGUGUGU